AUGGUACAUUUCUUCCUCUACCUCGUUUCUCUUUCCUUCAUAGAAACAGCUAGCUACUAUGGUGUGUUUUUUUCCUUCAUAGAAACAGCUAGCUACUGGUACAUUUCUUUUCCUUCCUUUCCUUUCAUAGAAACAGCUAGCUACUAUGGUACAUUUCUUCCUCUACCUCGUUCCUUUCCCUUUCAUAGAAAGCUAGCUACUAAUGAACAUUUUUCUAUCAAACAGCAACCCUACUAUGAUACAUUUUCUUCCCUCUACCUCGUUCCCUUUCCUUUCAUAGAAACAAUAACUUACUAUGAUACAUUUCUUCCUCUACCUCGUUCCUUUACUUUCAUAGAAAAGCUAUCUACUAAUGUACAUUUCUUCUACCUCGUUCCCUUUCCCUUCAUAGAAACAGCUAGCUACUAUGGUACAUUACUUUCUCUACCUCGUUCCUUUCCCUUCAUAGAAAUAGCUAGCUACUAUGUACAUUUUCUUCUACCUCGUACCAUUUCUUUCAUCCUCUACCUUCAUAGAAACAGCUCGCCUUUUUUUCCUUCUCAAACAGCUAUCCUAUACAUUUCUUCUUUCUUUUCUUUCCUUCUUCCUUUUCUUACUAUCAUUUUUUUCUUUUUCCUCCAUGUACUAUCAUGUUCUUUUUUCUUUUCCUCUUUCUGCAAUUAUAAUUUCCUUUUUUUUUCUCCUCUCUUCGUAAUUAUCAUUUUCUUCCUGCCCUUCCUAGCAACUAUUUCUUUCUUUUCUUUUCCUGCGUACUCAUCAUUUAUAUUCUUCUUUCUCACUUCUUUACCAUCAUUUUCUUCUAUUUUGUUUUCUGUUUUUUUGUUAUUAAAAGGUCUGUUUCUUCUAAAUUCAGAAUAUAAUUUUCAUUCUAUUUCUUUUCUUUCUUAUUUUUUCAUUUUAAUUCCGUUUUUCCCUCUUCCUUGUCGUUCGUCUUUUUUUUUUUAUCUUUCUUUCUUUCUUUUGUUUUUCAUUCUUUUUUUCUUUCUGCCUUUGUUUCUUCUUUAUUCCUUUCUUUCUUUCUUUCUUUUUUUCUUUCUUUCUUUUUUUCUUUCUUUCUCUUUUUUUAAUUUUUUUCUUUUUUUCUUUCUUUUUUUCAUUUUUUUUCUUUCUUUCUUUCUUUGUUCUUUCUUUUGUUUAUUUUUUUCUUUCUUUUCUCUUUGUUUUUUCUUUUUCUUAUUUUCCUUUCUUUUCUUUUCUUUUCUUUCUUUCUUUUUUUCUUCUUUUUUCUUUUUUUCUUUCCUUCUCUUUCUUUCAUUUUCCUUCUUUUCUUUUUUUUAUCUUUUCGUUUUUCAUUAUUUUGUUUUCCUUUCUUUCCUUCUUUUUCUUUUUAUUUCUUUCUUUCUUUCUUUCCUCUUUCUUUCUUUCUUUCUUUCUUUUCUUCUUUUUUCUUUCUUUCCUUUUUCUUUCUUUUUAAUUCUUUUCUUUCUUCUUUUUUCUUUUUUUUUUUUUUUUCUUUCUUUUUUUUUUUUGAUUCCUAGGUUUUUUUUUUCUUUCUUCUUUUUUCUUUUUUUUCUUCUUUUUUUAUUCCGUUUUUUUUUUUUUUUCUUGUCUUUUUGGAUUUUUCUUUUUUCUUUUUUUUUUUUUCUUUCUUUUUUUCCUUCUUUUUCUUUUUUUUCUUCUUUUCUUUUUUUUCUUUUUCCUUUCUUUUUCUUUCUUUUUCUUUUCUUUCUUUCUUUUCUUUUCUUUUUUUCUUUUUUUCUCUUUUUGAUUUUUGUUUUUUUUCUUUUUUUCUUUUCUUUUUUUAAUUUCCUUUCUUUUCUUUUUCUUUCUUCAUUUUCUUUCUUUUUUUCUUUCUUUUUUUCUUUUCUUUCUUUUUUCAAACUUUCCAUUUUUUCUUUUCUUUAUUCUUAA